AUGUUGCAAUGUUUGCAUAAAGCAAUGGAGUUGGAUGCAAAUAAUCCGGAGCUCCAUGUUGUUGCUGCCAAAUACUUACAUUACUUAGCUGAAGUGAACAUUUUUCUGGAUCAAAGCAGCGUCGACGUGACUAAGAAUUGGUUGUUGCGUUCGUUAGACGAUAACAAAUUGGCUGGUAUCACUUUGAGAAAUGUGGAAGCGUUUUACAACGGCGUCUUGUACGGCAGAUACGGAAAUUGGACUGCCGAUGAGAUGACUCAGUUGACGAAGCGCUGCCAUUAUCUGUUCAAGGAAGCCACACUGUUUGGCGGUGGCAUUGAUUCGCAAGAGAAGGAGAAUAACAAUGUGAAGCAGUAA